GGUUCAUUGAGUGCAAGAGCGCUCCGCCGGGACACUAGGUCCGGCCUAUAUUCCCUUCAUUCCUCCGCGGCUAUUCAGUAGCUUUUCCGUGAAGGAUUUUAUUGCAUAUAAAGCUACAGACUAUAAUUAGGCAUAGUCACUAUGAGAGUUUUCAUUCAACAUUUGUCGAAUAGGUUUUGGCGCGAGUUUUCUGACGCGGAGGAAUUACGGCAGUACAUCGCCCUUUAAAAUUAAAUGGGCUUUAUCCGUCACCACACCCACUGCCAGCUUCUGUCCGCGUGGGCUCCGACAUGCAGCAAGGAGGAUCUGCGGUUUUUCACCGUUUUUAAAAAUAAUUUUAUAUACAGUUGUUUUAGAUUGACCGACGGUUUCCAUCGAUUUUAUUCGCCAUAGUGUUUGGAAAAAAGGUUUCGCGAAGAUGUUGCAGGUUUGUUCUCCAUCGCACGAUUGGUUCUGCGACUCCGAGCCGCUGCUGUUUGACGAUGAGUUUUGCCUGAGUCUCAUGAAGGACUUGCAGUCCAUCCCCACGCCACCUCAGUCCCCUCCGAUGAAAACCGGGCUCUCAAAGAGUUUAUCCACGGUGGAUCAGCUGGAGUUAGUAUCUGAACUUUUAAUAGACGACAGCGACUUUCUCCAACUGGACUGGAACUUUACCGGCAGCGCUUCAGCAGCGGAUUCGGAUCCGCUCUCGGAGGACUACCUGUGGCAAAGCGACAAACCGAUCGAGGAUAAACUCUCCGCGGUGCUCUCCACAAGCCCCUUGCUCUCCGAUAUUGACACUGAGAUUUUUGCCGAAAUCGCCGGCUCUACUCUGGAUUGCCACAAUGUGGCGCUCGCCUGUCAGGCUCUGGAGAGCGAGGACUUACCGCUGGACAGCCAGGAGCAGAUCGAGUCCACGUCUGAUUAUGGCUCACUGUCCACUGGAGGAGAAUCAUCUACAAGCGAUUCUGAGGAGGAGAUUGACGUUGUGACUGUCCAGCGGUCGAACACGCUGACGCGUUCGCAACACCAGCAGCAGUUGGAGGACAGUCGGCGUGAGCAGCAGCGUGCUCUGAAGCGCUGUCACUUAGAAAUCCAACAACAGCACAACUACGCCGCCCCACGGCCCGCCUCUCCUCCGCCCCCGCCCUCCCCCUGUUCCACGCCCCCUCUCAAACGCUCCCGAGGGUCCGGAGACUCCCACCGAAGCGCUCAGAAUACGGGACGCUCUCGCAGUCUGGCAGCGCGACAGGGGGCGGACACUGAGGAUGAGGAAGAGAGACGGAGGACUCACAAUGUGAUGGAGAGACAAAGGCGCAACGAGUUAAAGAACUGCUUCCUUAGGCUACGGGACAACGUCCCUGAACUGUCCAAUAACGACAAGGCGUCCAAGGUGGUGAUUUUAAAGCGGGCUAAAGAAAGCAUCAGAAAUCUGGAAAUGGAGAACCAGAGACUAAAGCAGAAGAGAGAGAAACUUCGAGAACGACAAGAACAGCUGAAAGCCAGACUGGAGCAGCUCAAGAGGUUGUGAGGGUCUGGGACUAAACAAUGCCAGUUUGGUCACUAGAUAAUGGUCUGGGACCCUGCUGGUUUGAGGACUGUGACACUUGUGACUGACUGUAAAGACUUUGACGUCUCUGAGGAGAUUCUGGAUCCCCCCACCACCCACCAUUAAGUUUCUUUUGGAAACACGCAUGGUCAAUGCAAGAAACGUUCUCAAUGUUGUGACUUUACAAUGUGCUAAAGUCAUUUAGUUCUUAAAUAUUAACAUGAAACGGUUUUGUAUACUGUAUGUUGGAUGAAUAAUCAGUUAAACGUAUAGUUAGCCUUAAAAGAAACACCCUAGAUGAUCCUCACACAUUCUACCUUUUUGUUCUUGGCAUAUACUUGUUAUAUUUUGGGCUGGAUCCAAAGGAUGUUAAAAAUAAGGGGUUGAAUGUAAUUUGAGAUGAUUCCGUUUUUAUAGACUAAAGUUUGCAUUUGUUGAUGUUCAGACUGGAAAGAUAAACUAUAUUGGAUUCAUGUUCAUGCAUAGCUCGUAUUGUUGAGGUCUGGAGUUAUGGAGCAUAUUCAUAUUUGAAUCGCACUAUUUUUUGACUCCACGUGUCUUUACUUUGUCAGUUAUUGUAUGUUCCCUCCCAUUUCUAUGUUUAUCUACCUCUACUAGGAAGAAGCCUGGCUAUUUUAUUGCCUUCAUAAUGGCAACUGUAUAGAUUUUUUUUUAUGUAAAUACCACCUGUUAAUUAUGUAUUAUAAAUUAUUUAGGCUUUUUCUUCUUGGUUCAUUUGCAGGUUUUUGAA